CAGCGCGAGUAGUGAUGAGAAUCAUGUGAAGUGCCGCCACACAGACACACUACACACAAGAAACACACUCUCUCUCUCUCUCAUAAUCUCCUUCCUUUGCCUUUCCCACAAUCAAAACCCUCCAGACUCAUUCAACAAACGCACCCAUUUCUGUUUUGCGUUUUACUGUUAUACUGAGAGAGAUUCUUCUUCUUCUUUCUAUAAUUUUUUUUUGUUUUUUGUGGUGGUUCCAACAAUGGCUACAACAGCUUCAAGGUUCAUCAAAUGUGUCACAGUUGGAGAUGGAGCUGUAGGCAAAACCUGCAUGCUCAUUUGCUACACUAGCAACAAAUUCCCCACUGACUAUAUUCCUACAGUGUUUGAUAAUUUUAGUGCAAAUGUGGUUGUUGAAGGCAUAACUGUCAAUUUAGGCCUCUGGGAUACAGCUGGGCAAGAGGAUUACAAUAGGCUUAGGCCUUUGAGCUACAGGGGGGCAGAUGUCUUUGUCUUGGCUUUUUCUUUAGUUAGUCGUGCAAGUUACGAGAAUGUGUUCAAGAAGUGGAUACCUGAACUCCAGCAUUUUGCUUCUGGCGUCCCUAUUGUGCUGGUUGGAACCAAAUUAGAUCUCCGCGAAGACAGACAUUAUUUGGCUGAUCAUCCUGGCAUGGUGCCGGUGACUACCGAGCAAGGUGAGGAACUCCGUAAGCAGAUUGGAGCUACAUAUUAUAUUGAGUGCAGCUCAAAAACUCAGCAGAAUGUGAAGGGAGUUUUCGAUGCUGCGAUCAGGAUGGUCAUCAAACCUCCACAAAAGCAACACGAGAAGAGGAAAAAACCACGUCAAGGCUGUUUCUUAAAUAUCCUCUGUGGAAGGAAUAUGGUUCGUCAUAAAUGAAAUGUGUCAGUAUUCAAUCAAAUUUCCAAAAGUUCAAUGUGGCCAUAUGGAAGCAGUUUGCAGAAAUUUUAAACGUGACAUAAAAUCACCUUGCUGGAGUUUGCGGUAUAGUAUAGAACUAUAGCUACUUACAUUUGAUCGUAUUCAAUUUAGUCUCUUGAUAGGUUUGGUUUGAGGAAUUAUGAUAUAUUUGCAGUUUAUUAUUAUUAGUAUUUAGUAUGUACAUACAGUUUACAUGAGGGGGCAUUAUUUGAGAUUUUAGGCCCCCUGUGUAAAGUUAGCAAUUGUUUUAUCCAGACAGACAGCCUAAUAUAUCUUGCAAGCUUUUUCAAUGGAGAUAUUCUUUGGCCAUUUGGUCUCAGGAACGACAUGUUUGAUAAAUAUGUAAUAUUAUUUUCAUCGUCAUUAACGAAGAGCAUAAUAGGUUUCUUA